AUGAGUGCUGAUAUAUUUCCAUUGCUUGAUUACUCGGAAUUGGCUAUAUGCUUACAGAGUUGCGACUUUUCAUUGGCCACAGAGGAGAACAUUGCACGUCCCACUUCACAGUUCGUCAUAACGCUUUACAAGCAGAUCAUUGACAGCUUUAUGGGUAUAUCCUCAGACGCAUUACUGAAGAAAGGACAGGAGCACAUAAAUGAUGCCACGGAGUAUGAGGAGGAGAAUGAAGAAGCAUUUUAUUCCGAGAGCUUGCAAGUCUUGGUUCUCAACAAGAUAUGUUACAAGUUCUUCCAGAAUAUUGGAGUGUCCGAUUUCAACAUGAUGGAUCUAUACAGGCCUGAUACACAGAGGACUAAGAGACUACUUAGUGCUGUGGUGAAUUACGCCCGAUUCCGUGAGGAAAGGAUGUUUGAUUGUAAUAGAUUUAUAUCGCAAACGGAAGCUUUGCUGGGACAACUCCGAUCUAAAUUUGAUGAGUAUAACCUUUUGCAACAGCAAAUGAAGCGAUAUGAGGAGGAAGAGAAGCAGAUCGAUGAAGUUGGGGUUCAAAGUAAUGGAGAUGAAUUGGAGGCUUUAGAAAGCAACAAUAGAAGUAUAGAAACACAGCUGAAAAAACUGACCCAAAUACAAGAAACUUUGUCAAUCGAUUACAAUAAUUACAAGGAACAGAAACAGAGGAUGUUGAAAGAGUUGGAGACGUUGGGAUUUCAAAUAGUCGAGCUUGAUUCUCAGUGGGAAAAACUAGAGAAAUAUGCAGAAAGUAAUAUGGAUGAAUUAGAAAGAAGUAUAGAAGAGUUGGGAAUGCUAUUAGAAGCCAAGCAACAGAAAUUGUCUCAAUUAGAACAUAGCCAGGAAAAUUUGCGCACAUCCGCCCAGACGUUUCAGCGUGUCAUUGAAGAACUAUACGGUAUAUUGCAGAUAGUUUCAGUGGAAAUUCAAAAUUCACAUCGCAAAGAGGAAGGGUUAGUUGAGUUGAAAAGGCAGCUAGCACUACGACACAGUAAAGUGGAAAAUAUCCUGACGUCUUGGGUUAUGGUUAAACUUUCAAUACUUGAAGAGCAGCUGGAAAUGACAAAAAAACAACUCACUGAACUCACGGAAUCAUCCAAAAACAAUCAUGAAGCUAAUGCGCAGCAUUUUUUGAGUUUGCAGCAGAAGUAUACAGAGCAGAUCAUGCCCGAGAUACAGGAGGCGGAAAUGCAUAUCGAGAAAGAUCUGAUGGUUGGUGAAGUCAAGAAACUAGAGGGAAAGAUGCAUAGAUUGCAAGUAGAGUUUCAGCAGGAAGUUGAGGCAAUUGACAUGGAAUAUUCGUUGCUCGCAGGUCACAUGAAUAAGUACCUGGAGGUAAUGCUAGAGAAGAUGAACUAG